AUGUCAGCUGCUACAGAGGAAAUUCAUAGUUUGUACGAUACCAUUUUGAUCCUUGAUUUCGGAUCUCAGUACUCCCAUUUGAUCACUAGAAGAUGUCGUGAGAUCAACGUUUACUGCGAAAUGUUACCUUGUACGCAAAAGAUUUCAGAUUUAAAGUGGAAACCCAAAGGUGUCAUUCUCUCUGGAUCACCUUACUCAGUUUACGCCGACGACGCACCUCAUGUGGAUCCAGCAGUAUUCGAAUUGGGUGUACCCAUCUUGGGUAUCUGUUAUGGAUUACAAGAAAUCGCUAGAACUCACGGUGGUAAUGUCGAUGCUCAUUCUCAUAGAGAAUAUGGUUAUGCCAAGAUAAAAGUAGAGAAAACUGGUAAUAAAUUACAAGAUGCUUUGUUUGAAGGUAUUGAGAUGGAAGAAGAUGGUGGAUUGCAGGUAUGGAUGUCUCACGGAGAUCAACUUACAUCCCUACCACCUAAUUUCUCUGUAGUAGCAUCUACACCCACUUCACCAUGGACCGCUAUCGCUCAUCAAUCCAAACCCUUUUUCGGCGUCCAAUUUCACCCGGAAGUUUCUCAUUCACCAAAAGGAAAAGAAGUCAUAGCUGCUUUCGUCAAAAACGUAUGUGAAAUCAAAGGUGGUUGGUCAAUGGAUAGCUUCAUCCCUAAAGAAAUCGCUAGAAUUAGAAAGAUCUGUGGUGAAAAAGGUCAAGUCAUAGGUGCUGUCUCAGGUGGUGUGGAUAGCACAGUUGCUGCUAAAUUAAUGCAUGAAGCUAUUGGUGAUCGAUUCCACGCUAUCAUGGUCGACAAUGGUGUACUCCGAAAGGACGAAGCUGCCAAAGUUCACCAAAUGUUGACGGUCGAUUUAGGUGUAAACCUUACCGUAGUAGACGCAUCUGAAUUAUUCUUAUCGCGACUAGCGGGAGUAGAAGAUCCAGAGAAGAAGAGGAAAAUCAUUGGAAACACUUUCAUUGAAGUAUUCGAAGAUGAAGCUGCUAAACUCGAAGCUGCAGCAGAGAAAGAAUUAGCCGAGAAAGGUGGUGAUGCAAAGGGAAAGAUUGAAUGGUUACUUCAGGGUACCCUCUAUCCAGAUGUUAUCGAAAGUAUCUCUUUCAAAGGUCCUAGUGCAACCAUCAAAACUCAUCACAACGUUGGUGGUCUAUUAGAAGAUAUGAAGUUGAAAUUGAUUGAACCUCUCAGAGAGUUAUUCAAGGAUGAAGUAAGAGCUCUUGGAAGACUUCUUGAUAUCCCUGCUCAUCUUGUUGGAAGACAUCCUUUCCCUGGACCAGGUCUUGCCAUUCGAAUCUUAGGUGAAGUAACAAGAGAUCAAAUCAAGAUUCUUCAACACGCAGAUGAUAUCUACAUUGAAGAAGUAAGAGCAGCAGGAUUAUACGAUCAAAUCUCACAAGCUUUCGUUGCGUUAUUGCCAGUAAAAGCUGUUGGUGUAGCUGGUGACGCAAGAACUUAUGAUCAAGUAGUAGCUUUAAGAGCUGUCUCAACUGAAGAUUUCAUGACGGCUGAUUGGUUCGUUUUCCCUCCUCAAGUAUUAAAGAAGAUUUCUUCCAGAAUCACCAAUGAGGUAAAAGGAGUUAACAGAGUCGUUUACGAUAUCACAUCUAAACCUCCAGGAACGUAA